AUGGCUUCCUGCAUUUUGUCAACAAUGAUUUUUCCCUUUCUGGUUCUUACCUUAUUGUCAACGACCAGUCUCACAAUGGUUGCCGCAGCACGCAAUCUUCUAGAGUUAACAUUAUCAGAGCCAGAAGUGCCUCAGCUACCUAAACCUGAGUUGCCACCUUUGUCAAAGCCUGUCUUACCUGAUGUCCCUGAAUUACCUAUGCCACAGUUGCCUAAUAUCCCCGAAUUGCCAAAACCAGAGUUGCCUAAUAUCCCUGAAUUGCCAAAGCCUGAGGUGCCUGAGCUUAAGGUCCCUGAAUUCCCAAAGCCUGACUUUCCUAAGGUUCCUGAAUUGACAAAGCCUGAGGUGGCUGAACCUAAGGUCCCUGAAUUACCAAAGCCUGAGUUGCCUAAGGUACUUGAAGUGCCUGAGCUUAAGGUCCCUGAAUUACCAAAGCCCGAGUUGCCUAAGGUACCUGAAUUUCCUAAAGUCCCUGAAUUGCCAAAGCCCGAGUUUCCUAAAGUCCCUGAAUUCCCUGAGAUUCCUAAAGCUAUUCCAACCACCAUGCCAUAA